UUUACUGGAAAGUCAUCAUUGCUCGUUGUCACUUGACUAUUUUUAUUUCAAUUUUAUAAUUUCUAUUGUUGUUUUUCUGUGCGAAUUAGGAAUUUCUUCUCAAGUUUUCUCUCGACUCUGUCGGAAUUCUUAUAUUUUGUUACUAUUACACAAUACACAACUGUGGAAUGUUUUUAUUUUGAACUGUACUCGCUCGAUUUUUGAUCCGUAUAACGCGUUAUAAUAAUAUUAUGUUUUAGUUCCAAGUGGUAAUCAUCGUGUGUUGUUUUUCAUCGCCAAAAACACGUCAGAAAUGAGUGAACAAGACAAAAAUCAGACAAGUGGUAUUUCCAGUAGCACUGAAACCACUUAUCCAAAUUGGCAGCAAAUGAAUUGGACAAAUUAUGGAAGCUUUAACUCUUCACAACAAAUGUAUAACAUGAACGCAUAUUAUUCACAAUUAUAUAACCAGCAAGGAUAUCAAAAUUUUCCAAGUCAAUCGUUAGGUUACAAUUUCAAAGGUUUUGUCAGUGGAGGUACUUUGGAGGCUUCGAGUGUUGGAAAACAAAAUAAUACUACCGAUAACCCACCACCGUUACCUAGCGAACCAGCGCCAUCUCAGUCAUCUGUAUCUCAGUUUGAUAUGAAUGACAUCGAUAAACUACCACCAUUACCUCCGGGUUCUCCUCCUCCAGCUCCAAGAAUUAGUGAUGUGCCACUACCAUCGCAACCAAAUGUUGUACCAGCGUCAAAUUUUAAUAUGACGCCGAUGCCUCAAUCUAAAAGUGGUCGAAAGAAGUGGAGAAAAAAACAACGCAGUAUAAUGGAACUUAUGGCCGCCAACAAUCAGUCUACGAUUAAUAAUACUCCCAUUUUUCACCCUAUCUCUUAUAUUCCUCCUAUUCCUAAUAAUCCACCUCCAGCUCCGAAACCUCCAGUAAUAAAAAAUUGUUCGUACCCAUUCACUCCUAUAGUACCUGUUAAUCCACCACUUCCAUCGUCUAAACCUCCUCCAGUUCCUGUAGCAAUGCCCAUUAAGAAACCAAACGGUUUCGAUUUGCCUGACAAUUGUCCUGACAGUCUGAAAGAAUUUAUCCAAAAAUGCCAAGACAAAUGUGUCAACAAAUUGGAUCGAGAUCGAAUGGAUAUUAUUUUAAAAGGAAAAAUUACUAACUCCAAUCAUGAUGGUUCAUUAUGGAUCAAAGAUUGGUCACAAGAACCAAUGCCCAUGUUGUUAAGUGAAAAUAUUAUUGUAAAUCAGAAUCAGGAAAAUGGUAAGAAUAAAAGUUCUAUAAUUAAAAUGCAGUUCAAAAAAUCAGCAAACAAUUUUGUAAACUGCUAUUUUACAUCAAAGUACAAAUCGAGUUUAACAAAUAACACGAAUAAUGUUAAUAAUGAGUCUAGUAUCGAAACUAUCAAAAAUAGUAGUCCUUUACGAGAAAAUAAGAGACAAAACAGUGAUGAUUUUAUACCGUUAAGUAUGAAUAACAACGAAAACAAUAAUAAAAAGAAAAAUAAUAAAAAAAAAAAACUUUAUAAUGAAGACGCUCAUAUAUAUCAACAAUACGGUUCUAUUGAUAACAAAAUCAGUUGUGAUAAAAAUUUGCUUAACAAACGUGCAGCCAGAUUUCAAUCGCAAAACAGUCCGAAAAAGAAGCAACGUCAUUUAGCCAAAUCGGAAUAUAACACUCAAAAGACGUGGCCCAUAGAUGAUGACGAAUUUCGAAUUGAUUCUUGUCAUAUUGUUGGAACUUGCACAGAUUUAGAAAAAAUAUACUUACGAUUGACUGCGGCACCAGAUGCUGAUGCUGUGAGACCUUUAAAAGUGUUAGUUAAAUCAUUACACCUUGUCAAAUCAAAAUGGUUGAAUAAUGCCGAUUACCAUUACACUUGUGAUCAACUGAAAUCUAUACGACAAGAUUUAACCGUUCAAGGUAUAAGAGAUCCUUUUACCGUUGACGUGUACGAGACUCAUGCAAGGAUAGCUCUAGAAAAAAGUGAUAUGGGAGAAUUUAACCAAUGUCAAACCCAAUUGUGUGAUUUGUACGAAGAGCUAAAAGACAUUCAAGCAGCACAGAAGAAUCGUAAUGAAUUUCUAUGCUACAGUGUACUGUAUUGCAUUUAUACACGUGCAAUAAGUGAAUUGAAUGAUGUACUUUUAACAAUUAAAGAAUCUAAAAUCAGCGAUGAGUGCAUAGAUUUUGCGAUAAAAACCAAAAAAGCAUGGUGGCUGGGUAACCACGUUGAGCUGUUUUCUUUGUACAAAACAGCACCGAAAAUGGCGUCUUACUUGAUGGACAUGUUCCUAACUCGGGAACGCAAUAACUUCUAUUUGGCUAUUGCCAAAUCUUACCGUCCAACUAUACCAAUUUCGACAGUUCAAGAUCAAAUGGCUUUCAAUAAGCGCGAGGAUUGCGUAGAUUUUCUUAAGGCCGCAGGGGCUGUUUUCUGCACUGAUAACGAGAACAUCGACUGCAAAGCAAGCUGCGGUACGACCGAAGCUUGACUUUCAGAAUAGUUUCGUUCAUACCUACAUAAGCACACAUUAUUUGUAAAUAACAAGUCUUCGUUGAUUUGUCUUCAUAGAAAAUAACCACAACGGGCCAAAAUAUUUGAAAUUCUACUUCUAUAUACAUAUUCUGACUACAUCUCUACAAUAAUUAGUUAUAUGGGCCAAAAAUAUUUAAGUAUAUCUGUUGAAAAGAUAUUGGCACUUGUGUAUUUUUGAAACAAUCCUUCACAAUAACAGCUACAUUGUCUGAUGAGGUUUGCCGCCUUAUUUUUGGACAACAAUGUUUCGCUCCCCAUAAAAACGUUUUAUGCUGUAUUUGGGUCAAAUGCGGUUGAAUAUAAGUUCAUCGUUUUUAUUGGCCAUACAUUUCUUUUAUCUCAAACAUAAUUGGCCGACUUGUAUUGCCAUUUUGGGUUCUAUUGUAACACGGGUUAGUAGUGCUAACUGGCAUCAUCGCUCGGAAAACAAAUGGAUAUCAAAAGUUGAAUAUAAAAAACUUGCGUCCAAGAAACAAACGUAUUGUCCAAACCUAAUGACAUUUGGUUGUUCAUACUGAAAUUAACCAAGUGUUAGGUAAGUAAAGUUUUGCUGGGUUUGGUCUGCGGAGAAUUACGAAAACUGUUGCUUGCGACGUGGAAGAAAAAAAAUGACAUCACUACAAAAAUAUUGGAUCCUAUCGACUAUUGGGGGCGUGCUUGCGGCAAUUGUUUUGUGUGUGAUCUACACACGACUAAUUGUUAUUUUACUAAAUUGUUUUCCUUAAAAAAAUCCAAUCUAAAUAAUCCAUUGUAGUAUGAUCUUUUGCACUGGCAUAUGUGAUAUAAUAUAGAAUACUCACAUUUCUUCAUUCAAGAAAUCGAAAUCGACCAAGGACAAACAAAACAACUCUGUGCUAUUUUAUCUGUGGAAUUUCAGGUUAAGUCAUUAUUGGAGAAUGGGUAUUAACAACAAUGAGAAAUGGUUGGAUCUUUUUAACACGUCUGUCAAAAUCUAAGGAAUGUCGCUAAUUUUUUAAUGUCAAAAACAGCAAAUCAUAAAUGUGGUUAAGAUUUUUUUUAUUAGGAGCUUUACAAAAGAGGUAAUUGUGUGAUACUACAAACAUAUUUACAAAAUAUUCAUUAGGACUAUAAUACUUAAAAAUAUAGAUCUUGAACAAAACAUAUUUUAACGUUUACUGAAAUUAUUUUAGACUUGUGGUUUUUUUUUAGUCGCUUUAAUUUUUAUUUAUUCAUUUCUUCGAAGACUACAUAUUUUAUUUAAUAGUUAAUUAUAUACCUACUUAUUUUGGUAUUUUGUAAAUAUAGUUUACAAUAUUGAAAUAAACCUUAAACAAGUAUAAUAAUGUCCAUUAUUAUAUAUUAUCAUUA